CCACCACAAUCCCAAGUCUCCAAGCUCCCUCUUUCUCCUUCUCUUUCUCAUCAUCAAGGCGACUUCUUCGAACAAGAGAAAGAGAGAGAGAGAGAGGAAGGAGAGGGGUAAAAAAGUACAAAAAGUCGUCGGAAAAAGAAAAAAGAGAAUAAAAUAAUUCCUUUCCAAAUUUAGAAAGACUACUAUCAUCAAUGGAUACAGCCCUAAUCGCCUCCAACCUCUGCCCUCUGCUCACCCCAUCCUCUUCCUCUCUCAAAUCGAAGCCCUAUCUCCCGCUUCACGGCCGAGGAUUCUUCAGUUCCCGCCACUCACGGCGACAACUCCUCCAUACAAAGCCCUCGACGUCCGGCAGCGGCCCAAGCGCCUUCGCCGUUGCCAAGAACGGCGCCGUCGUCGCCAAUUCAUCAAACAAUGGUGUCUAUACAGUAGGUGAUUUUAUGACAGGGAAGGAAGGGUUACAUACAGUGAAGCCGACAACAACAGUUGAUGAAGCAUUGGAGAUGCUAGUGGAGCACAGGAUCACUGGCUUUCCUGUGAUUGAUGAUGAUUGGAACCUGGUUGGCGUGGUCUCAGAUUAUGAUUUACUAGCAUUGGACUCCAUAUCAGGCAGUGGACGCUCUGAUGCAAGCAUGUUCCCGGAGGUCGAUAGCACGUGGAAGACCUUCAAUGAGAUCCAGAAGCUGCUAAGUAAAACCAAUGGUAAAGUUAUUGGAGAGCUGAUGACUCCUGCCCCACUUGUUGUUCGUGAAACAACCAACCUCGAGGAUGCUGCAAGAUUACUUCUUGAAACAAAAUAUCGCCGGCUUCCUGUGGUAGACAGCACGGGUAAAUUGGUCGGUAUCAUCACGAGGGGAAAUGUAGUUAGAGCAGCACUUGCGAUCAAGCGUGAGAUUGAAAAGAGUUCCAAAGCAUGAGUUUGGAAAACAAUCACAGAUGAUUUUAUCAGAGCAAUUGCAGCUUUCCGCAUCCAAGUAUCAAAUCAUAACUUUGUAUCUCGUGUAUAUGCCUAUUUAUAUGUUCUUUAUCUUAUUUAUGUAUUUGAACUGAAGUUUUGAUCAGGCCCCAAGUCAUUUCUUGCGGUCGAAAAACCAAGCUUGUAAUACUUGAGAAAUGACGCCGUCUCAUUGAGGCUUCAUUUUUUUGACUACUUACUAACAGAAGGAUGAAAUACAACUAGUAUUCAUGACCUAGCCUGUAAGUGCCGGUAUUUUAGCAAGAUCUUUGUAUUCAAUGCAA